UGCAAAUAAUCUUCUAUUUGUAGAACUCCUGUUCUCUCUCUCUCUUUCUCUCUCUCUCUCUCUCUCCACCUGUCUCUGGCGGCGAUGCUCGCUGGCUCUGAAUCUUUCGCACAGGGUAAUUGAUUCACGAUUCGAAGCUAUCCACACACAAAUAUGUGUAUGCGUAUCGGUUCUUUCCUGGGCAAGGCUAGGGAUUUAUCACGACUUUGAUGAUUGACGGGAUGACACGACGCGGUUUUAUCUCUAGAUAAUCGAUGAGCAUCCGAAUCUUUGGUUUGGAUCGGAAUCGGUGAAUCUACCGUCGUAGCGGUUCGUGUUCUUCCGCCGAUAAGAUAAGUGAUUUUAUGUACUGUAUUGAAUAUUUCUUUCGGUUUCCUGACCAAGUCUGAAAAAAAAAAAUCAGUUUGAUGCGGUUAAUGAGGUUUUCCUGAUAUCGGUGGGUAGAUUGAAUCCUUGGUGGAAUCGAUUUCUGCUUUUUUUUCCUGCGGUGAGAUUAAUUUUGGUGUAGUUGGUGCAAUCGGAAGCUUCAAUAAAGGUUGAUUUGAUUGCGUUGGGGAAAUAUAAUCUGGUCUGUUAGAAAUAGUGAAAAAUCGUCGAUUAGAGUCGGGUGAUUGUGGUGUGGAUUGGUGGAAUUGAUGAACAUAGUUGAUGUAGAAGAAGAGGAGAAAUUGAUUUUUGAGAUAUGUUGUGUUAUUCUGAAUUAGGGAUUCAAUUGAUUGGUAAGCUCUUUGGUGUUUGUUUGUAUAUAUAAUUGAAAGUGAUAUCAUAUCAUGGUUUUUAAAAGCCCUGAAUUGGAGAAGUUUAUGUUGUAUUCGAUUAUCGGGCAUAGGAUGGAUUCCCAAGUUCAGAUGACAUCUAGAGGGGAAGCUAAUGGCGAUCGCCGGAUACUUGUUUCAAGCGAUUCUUAUAUCCCUGGUUUGCUUGACGACAUUGCGUUGACAUGCCUAGCUCGUGCAUCGAAAUCGGAUUAUGCUUCUUUGUCGUGCUUGAACACAAGGUUCCAUAUGCUGAUCAAGAGCGGAUAUUUGAAGGAGCUGAGAAGGCAGAUGGGGAUUGUGGAGCAGUGGGUUUUCAUGGUUUGUGAUCCGAGAGGAUGGGAGGCGUUCGAUCCUCUUAAGAAGAAGUGGAUGAAACUGCCCAAGAUUCCUUGUGACGACUGUUUCAACUGCGCGGACAAGGAGUCGUUGGCCGUAGGGAGCGAAUUACUGGUUUUCGGGCGCGAAUUAUUUGAAUUUGCUAUUUGGAAGUACAGCAUGGCUUCUCGUGAUUGGGUUAAGUGCGAGGGAAUGAACUGUCCCCGUUGUCUUUUUGCAUCGGGCAGUCUUGGUCCGGUUGCCAUUGUUGCCGGGGGCAGCGACAAGAACGGGAACGUGUUGAAAUCUGCAGAGCUCUACGAUUCUUGGACAGGGAAGUGGGAAACAAUUCCCAGCAUGCACACCCCGCGAAGAUUGUGCUCGGGGUUUUUCAUGGAUGAGAAAUUUUAUGUGAUUGGAGGGAUGAGCAGUCCGAAUGAAUCAUUGACGUGCGGGGAGGAGUUCGAUCUCAAGACAAGAAAGUGGAGGAAGAUCGAGGGCAUGUAUCCCAAUGUCAACCUAGCCGCACAGGCGCCUCCGCUCGUGGCAGUCGUGGACAAUGAACUUUAUGCUGUUGGAUAUUCAACUAACAUGGUGAAGAAGUAUAACAAGGAGGACAAUUCGUGGGUUGAAUUGGGACGGCUCCCGGUUAGGGCUGAUCUGUCCAAUGGUUGGGGUCUUGCUUUCAAAUCGUGCUUGAAAUCACUUCUGGUUGUGGGCGGUCAAAGAGGGCCCGAAGGUGAAGCCAUCGUGUUGAACACCUGGAACCCGAAAUCAGGGGUUAGGGACGGGACUUUGAACUGGGAAGUUCUUGGAUUGAAGGAACAUGCCGGCGUCUUUGUCUACAAUUGUGCUAUUAUGGAUUGUUGAAGAAAAUCAAAGCUGUUACGAACAGGUGAAUUCUCUGCCGUUGUUAUUUUGUUUCUGCUCUUUUUAUUUAACCAAAUUGAUAAUUGCUGGAAACUUGGGAUCAUCUGUUUGUUUGUUUUUUUCUUUUUUCUCGAAAUGUUGGCAUAAAGCGUUUCUUUUUCUAUCGUGUAUCAGUCUUGCAUCUUGUUUGUUUUGCUUAUGGGAUGUUUAGGGCUGCUGGAUUCAAUUUCA